CGGUGGAGCAAAAAAUGGCGAUGCAAACUGAUAUUGAGGCUAAUCAGUAUACUCUGAAGUCAUGCGUGGAAACCAUGACGGCGGUCACAAAUUUGUCGAACCGGCUGCAGAGUAGGACAAAUGAGGUGCAGCAUUUAAAUUCCCAGCUGGCUCUGCUCCAACGCAUGUAUAAGGAUGCGCGAGCAGAGAUAAGCGUGCUAAGGGCAGAAAAUAAGGAGCUGAAGCGGAAGGCCACCGUGAUGUUCCGAUUUGGAGGGCCACCAUAUGCUGCAGUAGAGGAGCAGGGGGGAGUGAAUGUGCUUGGUGGAUUAGGAAGCACAGAGGCAGCACCGUCAAGAACUGUCCAAGACGGAGGCAAAAAGAAGAGACCGGCGGCAGAGUAGAGAAGAAAAAUCUCACGGUGCCGAUUUGUGUUGGUUUGGUUUUGUUUUUGUUGUGUUUUUUUUUUUUUUUUUUUU